ACUGCUCUAGAGUCCAGUGGCGGCGUGCUUUACACCACUGCAUCCGACGCUUUGCAUUGCACUUGGUGAUGUAUGGCUUGGAUGCAGCUGCUUGGCCAUGGAAACCCAUUCCAUGAAGCUCUCUGCGCACUGUUCUUGAGCUAAUCUGAAGGCCACAUGAAGUUUGGAGGUCUGUAGCGAUUGACUCUGCAGAAAGUUGGCGACCUCUUCGCACUAUGCGCCGCAGCAUCCGCUGACCCCGCUCCGUCAGUUUACGUGGCCUACCACUUCGUGGCUGAGUUGCUGUCAUUCCCAAACACUUCCCCGUUCUUAUAAUACAGCUGACAGUUGACUGUGGAAUAUUUAGGAGCGAGGAAAUUUCACGACUGGAUUUGUUGCACAGGUGGCAUCCUAUCACAGUUCCACGCUGGAAUUCACUGAGCUCCUGAGAGCGACCCAUUCUUUCACAAAUGUUUGUAAAAACAGUCUGCAUGCCUAGGUGCUUGAUUUUAUACACCUGUGGCCAUGGAAGUGAUUGGAACACCUGAUUCUGAUUAUUUGGAUGGGCAGACCGCCUGGCUGUUCUGGUCCAGCUAAUGCAAUGAGCAGCCUGAAGUCUGAAUGCCAGAAAGAUGAUGCAGCUGUGGAGCAUGUCUACUGCAGAGGUGCAGUCACUGAGCUGCUUAAAUACGGACACAGAGACCUUCACACAGCUGCUAAAAACUGCAAAUCACCUCAAGUACUCAUCCUUGUUAUCCCAGGCAACCCUGGUGUAGUGGGAUUUUAUAAGACCUUCAUGUGGACAUUGUAUCAAGCAUUUAACAAGCUAUACCCAGUCUGGGCUGUGAGUCAUGCUGGACACUGUGCACCUCCAGACACAAUGGAUAUGAUUGAAGGUGCUUCGGUGACCGAGGCGGAGGAUGUGUUCGGCUUGAAUGGGCAGAUCGAGCACAAACUGGGCUUUCUCUUAGAACACGUGCCGCGAGACACACACCUCAUCCUGAUUGGUCACUCAAUCGGCUGCUACAUCAUUCUGGAGAUGAUGAAGAGAGACCCAGAGUUAAAGGUGGUGAAGUCCGUGCUGCUUUUCCCCACUAUCGAACGCAUGGCCUCAAGUCCGCAGGGCAAGGUCAUGACUCCUGUGCUGUGCCACUUGCGCUACAUUGUCUACUUGCCCAUUUUCCUUCUCUCUCUCCUACCCGAGAGGCUGAAGGCUGGCAUGGUGCAGCUGGUACUGAGGAACAUGCGUUUACUAGACACAUCCUGCGUCCCAGCAACCCUCAGCUUGAUCAAUGUGGACUGUGCUGCUAAUGCUAUGUAUAUGGGGAGUCAAGAAAUGAGGAUGGUGCUAGAUCGAGAUAACUUGACCAUACAGCAACAUCUUGACAAGCUUAUUUUCUACUACGGAGCCACAGACCACUGGUGCCCUGUGCAGUACUUCCAGGAUAUCCGAAGAGACUUUCCCGACGGAGACAUUCGUCUGUGUGAGCGUGGGUUACGCCAUGCUUUUGUCCUGGAUGCGGGUGAAGAGAUGGCUAACAUGAUCACAGAGUGGAUCCGUGAUGACCUAAGAGGAUUAUAGUACUACGAGUAUCAAAGCAAACCUGACCACUGACCUACACAGGCCCCGUAUUCCAGGCCAACGAUGACUUGCAUUACAAGACCUUUUAAAGGCCUUUAUUAUUAUGGUGCUGAAACCCAGUGCUUCUCAGUGAUAACACAGAUUCUCAAAUUUGCUUCUUAAAAUAAGAAUUUUUAAUUAAAUGGCUACUCCACUCUUAACAUAUGAGUACUCUAUUUUUAAUAAGACCACAAGCAUGAAUAGAAAAUUUAAAAAAAAAAAAAAAAGUGAUUCCUACAUCACUCACUGUUUGUUCUGUUAAGAUUUCCAAUGGAUUUUUUUCCCCAACCCCAUUUGUUUUUUGUUUUGUUUUUAAAUCAUUGAUUGGAGUUUGUCUUUAAUAUUUAAAAGAUGUUUCUGUGUCCACUAUAAUAGCAGGUUUUAGCACAAGUAAAGUCAAUAAGCACAUAUUCAGUGUUCUGAGACCAAAGUUUUCCUAUAUUGUCCAAAACUGAUUACAAAUCAGAUGACAACAGGGGGAAAAAAACACGAUCUGCCAUUGCAGCAAAGAUGCAUGACUGUUGUUUAAUAGAAAUCUAAUUUACGAUGGUUGGACUCAUGGUUUACCAUUAAUCUGUAAUAAAUUAUUGUAAAAUAUCCAAAACUUUGUACAAUAUUUGUCAUGAUAUUCUGUUUAUAAAUACUGUUUAGAUACUCUGCUUCUGAAGCAUGUCCUCUGGGAUAGACUCCAGGCUCCCAGUGACCUGGAUAGAUAGAUUUUGUGAAGGAUGAGUAUAAAACACCUGUCUUAAAAAAGUGACGCGGAAAGUUUUUUUUUUUUUUUUUUAAGUAACGCUGACUAUUACAGUGAUUUAUUCAACUAUAAAUAUGUUGCGCGCAUGUGUUUUCCAUUUCCAGUAAAAACGUAGAUCAUAAGAAGACCUUAAAUGGGAUUUGAUUUGGGUUUUUUUGGUCAAAAAUAGAAAUAGCAUUUUGGCAUGAUGGCAAGAAAGCAAGUGCAUAUUGGCAGGAGUCAAAUACUACAAGCGCUACGACUGCAGGCUAGAGCUUUUCGGAACAGAGAGUAAUGGAUUUCCAUGGGUUCCAUGGGCUUUUCUGUGUACUGAAUUCCCAUUCAGUGUACUCAUCAGUCAUCAUAUGGACGAUGCUAAACGAUAUUAGUGCUGUCAUUCUGUUUUGGGAAUAUUUUCCCCACACAGUAUCUGGGGACAGUAUCUGACACUGUAAGUGCUAUAACAGUGAUGUACCUGAAUAGCCAUAGUGUUGAUCUCCUUUACUGAUAACCAUGCAGACAAAACAGGGCUCUGUAUAGUUUUAAGAAGAAAAAAACCUUAUAGAAAUGUAUAUUGGUCAUGUUGCAUGAGUUGCCUCCCAAAAUAAGCCAGAACAGUAGGAAGCUCCAUAAACCAGUGAGUCGUAACAAACGUCACACCUUCUUUUGCUUUAUGAUUGGUAUGACUACAUUCCUGUCUAUAGCAACAGAUAAUGUCCUUUGGAUUCCAGCAUUAUCAUUUCAACAUCAUCAACCCCCUGAACCAGAUGCUGCUAAUAUACCACAUGUCAUUUUGACACCAAAUAUAGUGUAAGUAAGUAUUCAUGAUUCAUAAUUAAACUUCACCUUCACAGAUGUCCCAUAGGCAUCACACUAGUGAACAUUAUCUCGCGUUGGUGAAAAGCUGAACAAAUGUCGAGUAAAACAUCCCCAGCUGAUCUGGUCUGUUGGACAUCCCAAAGGAAAUGUAAACCCUCGACAUGUAAACCCAGGCCUCUUUAAUCUCCCUCUUCUGCCUGUUCAGAAAAGAAUGACAAAGCCCCUUAAUUUGCUUAUCCUUGAUUUAAACCAGGAGGCAGGGCUAGUUCAUAGAAGGAAAUGGAGUAAUCCCGUCCGGGUGGAUUGAAUUGUGGCAAAGCAAACAAGCUUUACUGUUUUACAUUUUCAAAGUGGUUUGGGCUUUUUGUGGCAAUGAAGAAUCGGCCCAGAUAUAUACAUGCUUUUUCCUGCCAAAUAUCAUCUGUAACGGAUCAAGUUUGUUCCACUGGUCUUUGUUAGGUCUUGUUUUGACAUAGUAGUAGUUACUCUUUGUCCCUCCUUUCAGUUUUUGUACCAGUAUAGUUUUAUCUAAUAAACCUUGAUCUAUAAGUGUUUGCACUGUAAUAGUAGGCCGGCUCUUCUAGGAAAUUAUUCUCAUGUUUUCCGAGAUGUGUUUUCUGGUAAUAAGUGGCUGCGUCAAAUCUUUAAAAGUGUGACGUAAAUUAGAAUUGAAUCUUUUUUUUUUUUCCAACAGGAGUCUGGAUACAAAUACUGCAACACUUGCAUUAAACGAAAGGGUAAUUAUGUAGAAAAUCGGUGCCAUUUUGUUACACCUAAUCACA